UGCGCGUGUGCAGAUUAUAUCGACAUUUUAUCAGCUUUUGUUAUAUUUUCAAAAUAUUGACAAAAAAUCAGCUGUUUGUUUAAGAUAUAAAAAUCUUUAUGAUAUUAGUUGAUACAUUAAUGGGUCUUUUAGCCAUGUACCAUAUACCAUGGGAGCUAUUGCAUCUGUCCUACAAUGGCAUUGUACUUUUUGUAGUUUGAUCAAUCCAACUGAAAGGAAAAAAUGUAUCCGAUGUGGAACACCACGACAAAGUCUCAAUGAUUCUAAUUUACCCUUCAGUGAAUCUAAUUUUGACAGUAAUUCUAGUUGUACAGUAAUUAGGCGUGCAAGGUCCCCAAAGAAGGACUUAGUUAAAAGUGCUGUGAAUAAUACUGCUGUAGAUGAACGUGUGAUUCUCCUUAACACCUCAUCAGUAGCUAAAAAAUGUGUAGAACCCACUAAAUUAAAAAAGUUUAUCAGUUUACCAUCAGUGUUGUUCACUUCGUAUUGUGAAUCUUGUGAUAUUAAUUUCUUGACAACACUACACAGAUGUAUAAUCUGUAAUUCACGUUUCAAAACCAUGAACAUCACAGAAUCUCCUUGCAAAAUUUGCUCUUUGAAUCCAAUACAAAAAUACGAUAUUUUAAACUACAGUAGGCCUUAUAUAUGUAAAUGUCAAAGAAACAAGUCUUUAUCAUUGAUAAAAAGUUUAAGCUGCUCUGUGGCUCAAAAAAGCUGUGAUUCUUCAAUAGACGGUCAACAACAGAAAGAUAUAAGAACUACUGCCAGUGGUAUAAAUAAUAUUUCGUAUAGUCCAAGUAGUAACUACAUGUGGACGGUUAAAAGUUUGGUACCAUCAACAACUUGGACUUGCAAGCAAUGUACUUUACUAAAUAGUGCUAAUUAUACAGUGUGUGAGGCUUGUGAGUCCCCAUAUUCUCCUGAUUUGAACAGUAAUAUAAAACCUAGUGUCAUUAUCAAGGUGGACAAUUGGGCCGAUAACGAAUCGCUUCAUACUCAAACUCACAAACCGUUAUACAGGAGGUCUCUCUCGGAGCUGCCCUCCGCUCACAACUCUCACAUACCGAACCUGAAUCGCCGAAGUCUGGAGGGUAGCCCCCUCCUGGCCAGCUUUCCCAAAUCCAGUACUUCAAUGACUGACAUACAAUCUUCUCAACAUUCCCAAUUGUUCGAUAAUUUGAACAGCAUUUGCGGCAGGAGCUAUACCAGGGGCAUAUGUGAUACGAAUACUCUUUACACUUAUAUAGGAAUCUCGGAACCAGAUAAGGAAAAACAUUUUUACGAGAAUCACAGUAUUAUUGAUGCACAGAAACGGAAUAUGGAGUUCGAUGCUGAUAAACAUAGUAAAAUAAUUCAACUUAUGAAAGAAAACAAUGCAUCAAAAUCGAGUUGGGCCUUAAACGAAAGACGGUGGACUUGUCGACAAUGUUCAUUCGCUUACAACGGCUUUAGCGUAGAUAAAUGUGACAUUUGCAAAAGUUGGAGGUCCCCGCCAUCGUUGAAUCAACCUUGUACCGUUACUGUCACCGAAGAUAGGAGUAUCAGCAGCACGUCUCACACUAGAGCUAUGAAUUGGAGCGAGUCAAAACUACAAGUCCCGAUUGCAACAUUGGAUCAAGAUUUAGAUGAUGAUUUUCAAAUAUUAGCAGGUGGUGAGAGUCCUUCAGAAGAGCAAAAAUGGACAUGCAAAAAGUGCACUCUAGUCAACAGCGAGCGCUCGCUCGUAUGCGAAGCGUGUUACGGUUCCAAACUGAGAUCGAUUUCUCUAAACAGCGACAUGACCCUUAAAAAGGGCGAAUUCUGGCCGUGUCCUAAAUGUACGCUGAAAAAUUCUUUGAGUUCUUCAUCGUGCAAGGUCUGCAAAACGGAAAGAGUCGGUUUAGAACCUAUAACGCCGUCUAGGAGCCCGUCACCGCGUCACGGAAGGUCAAAAAGAAAUAUAUCAAAGAGUAGCGCUAGUUCGAAGAUCCAAAACAUUAGGAACUUACCUGUAACUAAGGCCGAUAAGGCAAGGAUUAAUUUACUCACCGAUUUGGAUCAUGAUUCAAUCACCGCAGGGCCUUAUCAACCAUGGCAAUGUCUUGUUUGUACGUUCGAAAAUACCAAAUCUUACAUAAUCUGUGAUAUGUGUCAAAGAAUGCGAGAAGACGUCAACUCGCUGAGUGCCUCCCAUCCGAAAGAGCCUCCUCGCCUCACGCAACAAGAAAUGAGUAAUAAACAUUGGAAUUACAUAGUGAAAUAUUGCAAAUUGAAGAAGCAAAGUUAUUUGGAUGAAGAUUUCCCUCCGAUGCCUACCAGCCUUUAUUACAAUCCCGCUGAAAUAACCGAAUCUCAUGCAGUCAAAUGGAUGAGACUGAGAAACAUAGUUGUAGAAGAGGAUAAAGACUUAAUAUGGGCCGUUUUUAGGAAACCGCAACCGUCGGAUAUUUCUCAAGGGGUAUUGGGUAACUGUUGGUUACUGAGUGCUCUUGCCGUAUUGGCGGAGAGAGAAGAUUUAGUAAGGGCUGUUUUAAUAACGAGAGAAUUUUGCGCUCAAGGUGUAUAUCAAGUUAGAUUAUGUAAAGAUGGUCAUUGGAUAACCGUAUUAGUAGAUGACUAUUUUCCUUGUGAUAAAAGGGGACAUUUGUUCUAUUCUCAGGCUAAAAGAAAACAACUGUGGGUACCUUUAAUAGAAAAGGCAGUGGCUAAAAUUCACGGAUGUUACGAGGCUUUAGUAUCGGGUCGUGCAAUAGAGGGUUUAGCAACAUUGACAGGUGCGCCUUGCGAGAGUAUACCGUUGCAAGCCUCCUCGAUACCAGCACCGGCUGAGGAGGAAUUGGAUUUAGACUUGAUAUGGGCACAAUUACUCUCAUCGAGGCAAGCUUUAUUUUUGAUGGGAGCUUCAUGCGGUGGCGGGAAUAUGAAAGUUGACGAGGCCGAGUACCAAUCCAAGGGUCUGCGACCUAGGCACGCUUACUCUCUUUUAGACGUAAGGGAUGUCAACGGUUAUAGGUUGCUCAAACUUAGGAACCCAUGGGGACACUUCGUAUGGAAAGGCGAUUGGUCCGAUGACUCUUCCAUAUGGACUAGGGAACUUCGUCAAGAACUACUGCCGGAUGGUUCUCAAGAUGGCACCUUUUGGAUAGCUUUUACAGACGUUUUGAAAUAUUUCGAUUGUAUAGAUAUUUGUAAAGCGAGAAGCGGUUGGAAUGAAGUACGGCUGACCGGAAUACUGCCACCAUUAGCUAGCCAAGAACAUUUGUCGUGUAUAUAUCUCACUAUUUUAGAACCCACCGAGGUGGAUUUUACUUUAUUUCAGGAGGGUCAAAGGAAGUCUGAAAAAUCGCAACGAUCUCAACUAGAUUUGUGCGUAGUACUAUUCAGGGCGAGAGCAGGAUCGACAAUAGGUAGUUUAGCGGAACACAGUAAACGUCAAGUUAGAGGCUUCGUAGGAUGUAACAAGAUGCUGGAAGCCGGAGAAUACGUUGUAGUACCAUUAGCUUUCAAUCACUGGCAUACGGGACUAGAGGACGUCACGGCCUACCCUAGAUACGUGUUAGCGAUUCAUAGUUCAAAGAAAUUGUUGGCGGAGAAUAUCCAGCCGCCGGAUUACAUUCUGGCCGAUGCGAUAAUAUCGCUGACGCUCGCUAGAGGGCAACGGCACGAGGGUAGGGAAGGAAUGACGGCUUAUUACCUGACUAAGGGCUGGGCUGGAUUGGUAGUCAUGGUGGAAAAUAGACACGAGAAUAAAUGGAUACAUGUGAAAUGCGACUGCCAGGAAAGUUACAACGUAGUUUCGACAAGAGGCACCCUUCGUACCGUCGAUUCUGUACCGCCUCUGACCCGUCAGGUGAUUAUAGUUCUCACGCAGCUCGAAGGCAGCGGUGGAUUUUCGAUAGCUCAUCGUUUGACUCAUCGACUAGCCAAUUCGCAUGGUCUCCACGAUUGGGGACCCAUCGGGUCCAGCCACGACCCCGAACUAGACUACCAAACUACGGGAUUACACUCGCCUCGAUUGUUUUAGGUUUUUUAUUUAGUUAUUUAUAGGUGAUUUUUUUUCGGUGAUUGGGUUGUAGAAUAUCUGCAAGAAAUAAUAAUAAUUAUACCAGUAGAAAAUUACCCAGUUUAAUGGCGUAGUUAAGCCUAAUGGCCAUUCAACUUCGUACUAUUUUAAGAAACAUAUUUAGUUUUAGUAAACAGUUUACUGUGUUAUUCUGAAAUUAUACAUCAUUUAGUGUGAUACCGGUUUUAUUUCGAAAUAUCAAUACCAUGAUUUGUACAUUAUUUGCUUGUAGCUAUAUUUAUGAAGAAAAACAACAUGUUUAAUAAUAAAUAAUAAUAAUAAAAGUCAAGUUCAGAACGGUGGAAAAUACUUAAAUCUCAUCUUGAAUUUACACUAAAAUCGUUAGGUACUUUUAAUACUAUUAUGCUUAGGGUUUAAUAUAAAAGUAUCAAAAAUCUCUUAAAACAGGUAGAUUUUUAUUCCAAGCACCUUUCUACAAUAUUCUCAAAUGGCAUACAUCAUUUCCAUCCCCUCCCUUCAGCAAUAUGAUUGUUCAUUUCUGUUCCUUUGAUUUUAACGCCCUCUAGCGGGAUAAAAACUGUUACGUAUUGUAAAGUCUUACACUUCAUUUGAAAGCUAAUUUUAAUGCACAACAUAACAAAACAUAAUUUAAUGAAAAAUCCGGAUAAGAAUGAAGAGCUUAAUGUUAGAACUUAGAACUAAAUCAAUCAAAGAGGUUAAAAAGAGUAGAGGUAACAUAGAAAGCAUUUGCCGCUCGCGAAUUUUGCCAGUACCAAAAAACUCGGUGGAAAGAGUAGGGAGAUGUUCUGGGCUGGACUUAAUUAUUUGUAUUGUAGUACCUAAUUUUGGUAACUUAGAAAAUAAAAAAAAUAUGAAAUUUUUUUUAACUUCAUUUGUUAGCAGGAUUCAUUUAUGAUGAGGAUAAUAACACUUUAUUAGUAGGUAGUAGCUAAGUAAAAGUUUAUAAAAUUAUUGUAAUUAUUAUAUCUUACCUCACACAAUGUUGCAUUAUAAUAACAUUGAAAUUAAUGUUAUUAAUACACAUUAUUUUUAUUAUUAACCGGUUUUACAAAUUAUUAAGCAAAAUUUUAAUAAUUAGUAAAUUAUAUAUUUAUAAUACAGUUUAAGACUGGUUAGUCUUAAGUCUGGCUCUUCUCUAUACAGAGUGAUUCAUAGAGAACCCGAUUCGCCUCCGUAUUUCGAUUUCGUCUCGGUCAGCACGUCAGCAGUCAGUGACGCUACGGAACAGAUCGCGAUUCGAAGCAGCAUCGUCUAAUAUUAAAAAUUCGAAUACUACCGAUUUCUGUACUCUAGUACUCCUUGUAACUCCGUAAUUAUUCACUUUAUACCCCAAAUGUGAUGGUUGAACUCGGCUUAUCAAUGUCAUUAAAAAUAAGUAAAAUAAUAUAGGGUUAAAAAUAGUGAUUUAUUAUACAAGGGGAAAAAACAUUAAAUUUUAGCUUGAGGUUGUGUUGUCUCCCGACGCGAAGCGGUACUUUUUUCAAGUACUUUACAUUUUAAAGUACUCAGUACAGAAUAACAUUUUUUCGAAAAGGUGAAAAAAAUUUUCCUGCUCUUGUUCAGUCUAUGUAUGUUUAUUUCAGUGUACUCUGUAUAUACUCGUGUAUAUACGCGUGUAUAUACGUUUGUAUAUACGUUUUAAAAUAUAUAUCUGUUCUUUUUAGUAUUCUCUACCUAAUACCUUUAUUUUUUUUUACGCCCAUGUCAGUAAACGUUAAAAAUUGCACUGUCAACAUUCCUUGUAAAUGACAUUUAACAAUAACAUGCAAUCUCAUAACAUACACGUGUGUUUUGAUAAGAAAACUUAAAUUUCUCGUGAAAUUUAUGCACUCGCCGCUGCGCAGUUUCGUGCGUAAACUUUUUCACUUCGUGCGUAAUUUGUUACUUACAACUCUUGUUACGUAAUAUAAUAUUACUUUAACACUAAAAUGCGAAAGUUGAACAUACACGUUAAUGAUAAGUACUAAUUAUUAGAAGAUAGCUUAUAUUCUCGUUUUUAAUAGUUUUUUAUAUUGACUUACUAUUACUAAUUACUAGAAUUCCUUCUAGUAACCUUGAGUCACUAACUAGAAUUAUUUAAAAUACUCAUACUCAUUGUUCGAUAUUUUCACGAGUACUCUCUAAAAUUUGCAAAUUACUUAUUUACUUUGAGUAUUAUUCAUAUAAGUACUUAUACUUAGAUACUUACGAGUAUUUUGUGGAGGUACUCAUUGUGAAGUACUUAUGAGUACUUUAAUGUAGUACUCUGCCCAGCUCUGAGUGUGGGUUAUUAAACGCUCUCCAAUAGGCUUUGCUAACGUACAAGUGAAAACUACAAAGUUAGCAUUAGUCGCGACGAGGAAGCGAAUAAUAUCAACGUAGUCAGCCGGCAGCGUGGGGAUAUCUCUCGCUGUAUGCCUAUUCACAUCGAACACCGCACACGUUGAUAUUAUUCGUUUCCUGUUCGCGCUAAUGAUCUCUGUGGUUUUCACUUGGACAUUAGCUAAGCUCUUGUUUUUGUCAAACAUUUUGUUGUUGUAAUGAAUCCUAACUGUGAUGUGUAGAUGGAUGCGACUAACUUUAUUAAAUUACCAUAGUGGUAGCUUAACGUGCAAAGUGAUUAUACAGAAUAGAUUUCCAUUCACUAACUUAUAAAGUCUUAUCUAUCGAACGUUUUCCAAUACGCUUUGCAGGAAACGAAUAAUAUCGGCGUUGCCAGUUUAAACGGCCCGACCAACAUUAUAACGCGAUCGGGCCGUAUAAACAACAUAACAAAACAUAAUUGAAUGAAACAAGAACUUAAAUAAUUGCAGAGUUCAAACUUUACGAAAUACAAGCUUGAUCACAUCAACCAAAAUGCCAAGCAUUGAAUUCCUAAUAAAAUUAGCUUUCAAAUGAAGUGCUACACUUUACAAUAGGUUACAGUUUUUAACCCGCUAGAGGGCACUAAAAUCAAAAGUAAUGCAAUGAAUAAUCACAUGAAUUUCUCUUAAAAUUACCUUUUCAGUGAUGUGUCAUACCUGGCACUUUCCCUAUUUAAAUUGCAUUGGUUACAGUAACGCAGUGGAGGGGAAUGACAUAUGACAGUUGAUGAUAUGAUAAAAAGAUGCCCUCCCCUUUCAAACUAAAAUCAACCUGUCCGAUAUUAAUACCCAAAAUCCCCAUGCCAAGAGAGAAGUAAAAGAAAAUUUACUUAUAAAUAAUAACCUUUAAACAAAAUAUAAAUUAAAUUGAUCGAUCCCAUAUUACUAUAAAUAGUUAUGAAAACUAUUAAAACCAGUUGUGAAGUUUGAAACGAAUAAAUUGGUAAUGAAAUUGAUAUUUUUAUAUUUGAUUGUAUGUUACUCUUUCCACUUCUAGAAAAAAUAUUCCCAAUGAAACAAGAAAUAGUAAACAGUUCACAAUAGAAACAGUUAUCUAAAUUUUCAUCAAUGAUCCAGGCCGGUAGUUCUGUUUAUAUUCAAAUAAACAAAUAUCGCCGUCAAUAGAAAUUCUACAAAAUAUAUAACUUACCAAAAUAAAUGUAGGUUUCCUUUAUUACUUUUAUUAUAAAUACAGCUUUUUAUAACAUACCUUGGCAUGUUAAACUAAUAGCGGAUUCUACUGGCUUCAUUAAUGCGCAUUUAGUUCGACUUUCUUAAGUGACCAUCCGUUCGGCCCAUAGCGCUCACGAAAUGAAAGCAGUGCAAAACAUGGAAGCGUGGUUUUCAGGAUGCUCUAAAGGGUAAACUAUAAAUUCUAGGGAAGUACUCUAGCUGGGUGUUUUGUUACAAAUAUCCUCUAGAUGAAGAUUGGAUAAACAUUUUUCAUUUCAUACCAUGCGUUUGCGCAGCGUUCUCAUUUUGUUUUCAAAAACAACCCUAAAAAUGGCCUAAUAGCUCGGGAACAAUUGAAAGGGGAUCUUUAGGACAUCAAAUUGGACCAACAUACCAAUUUUUAGAUUCAAUCCAAUUUUUACAUGUAAAUCUACUCUAUUGCCUGGCCUACAAACAGAAUGGACAUUUUAGUUGAUUAUUAUUUAGUCGAAAUUAACCGCGGAUAUUUAUUGGUGACUCUUAUUUCAGUUUGAGGCAUUAUAUUUAGUUUGAUUUUAUACUCAAUAAUAUUUUUAAAACAAUUAUACAAUGCCCGAUAAAUUUAAAGGUAAACUUUAUUCAAAUGUACUAUAAAAAGGAUGGCGCUCAAAUCAUGCAUUGCGUAAAUAUGAGGAUGAGAUGAAUGAAUUUCCAGCCUAAGAGAUAAAAUAAAACAAAAUGAGUCAAAAAAAAAUAUUUUUUUUCGACAUAGUCUACUUGUCACUCAAUAAACUUCACCCAACGAAAUUCACCGCCUUUUGUUCCGCUUCGUAGGCAGAUUCGUUCAGCUCUUCAAAAUAGGCGUUUUUGCUGGCAAUAACUUCCGAUUCGGACGCAUUUUUCUUGCCAGCGUGAACUUUUUUUUAGUUUAGAAAUAAAGUGAAGUCCGCAGGAGUCAAGUCUGGCGAGUAUGGGGCAUGAAGCAGUAAUUCAAAGCCCACUUCAUUAAUGUGACACGGCGCAUUGUCCUGAUGGAACAAAACUUUUUUUAAAUUUAGGCCCUUUCUCCAGAAUUUUCUGUUGCCGCUGAUCAAGCAAGUUAUAUAUUAUAUUGUCCAUUUCUCGUUUUACCCUUUUCAAGGUAAUAAAUAAAUAUUUGACUUUUUCAUCCCAAAGUACCAACACAAUCACCUUUCCGACCAAAAAGCGGUAAAUAAGGUUUCAGAAAGUGGCCACUAUGGCCAGAAUGGCGCUUGUGUACUAGAAGGGUGUAAUCCAGUGAUAUAAAUAUAGAUUGCUCAUCAUGUAAAUCAGACGACAAAAAGCGGGUUUCUACCAUAAGUAAUAAAGAGAUAGAUACAUAUGGUAUUUUAUUAUUUAGAUGAUUGAAAAAAUGUAUAAAUAAUUAAUUGUAAAAUCUACAAUUUAUUAGACUAAUUAUGAACACAUUGUAAAAAUUGCAAUUUGACAAAAUUAUCUUUGGUAUUAUGAAGUUCAGAAGUUAGAAUUUUUUUAUAACGGCUUUGUAAUUAAUAAACUUUAUAUUAUUACAAUAAAAUUUGAAUAUUAUCAAAAUUAUUCUACAAUACAUAUAGUUCAAUCACCUUUCACGUUGUAGUAUUAGAUUAUAUCCUUAUAGUACAUGAGGGCUAUUCUGACCACUUCUGAAAUCUUAUUUAAUGCUUUUUGAUGGACAGUUUUUGAGGUAGACGCCAUCUUAAUUUCAUAGAUUCUGAGGGACACGUAUAAUUCUCCAUACUUUGUACACCAUAGGCGAUUUCGGAUAGUCAGGGGCUGGAGCGGGACAAAUUUUAGGGUGCUUUUAAAUGACAUUUAAGCGUGUUAAACUGUCACUAAUCGGACUAAACCGAACGCUAAAAGGGUCGUUUGGAGUUAAAAGUGUUAAAGGAACUUGGCAGACCGAACGCAAUGCAUAGCACCUUCUUUGAGUUCUUCCAUUAUUUAAAAAACUUAGAAAUUGAUUAGUAUAGCACACUGUCAAAUACAAACCACUGGACACAAACAAUAUUUAACAGAAAAACUAAUGACAUAAAAUAAACAAAUAAUCAUCCUCCUAAGCCAAAAAGCUGUAUCUCAGAUGAAGCGAGUUUCAAAGUUGUUUUAGCAUUGUUUUUCUUCAAGUUAUUUCUUUUUUUUUUUAAUAUUAUUAUAAGGAUAUGCGGCCAUUUAGCUUAGUAUACUCCCAAGCCAAGUUAAGUUUUUUUUAUGUUUUAAUUAAGAUAUAGCUAUUUUUCUUAGCUCAUCUGAUGCGAAACUUUUCAAACUAUCUGAUACAUUUUUUUUAAAUAGCGCUUUUAGGCCUAGGAGAGCAGUAUAGCUCAAGCUGAAAAUUAUUCAUUCUGUUCUCGUAUUUAGAACGUUUUUAAUAUUUUCAACCGGGUAAUGCAAAUAUUGAUAUUAUUUCGAAUUUAGUAUAGGAAAGUUUUUUUUUGUUUUUUAAUUUUAAGAUAAAAUAAAGUGGUAUAAAUUGGUACAAAACGAUUUCUUGCAGAUACUCUUUUUUGUAUCCUUUUCCAGUUUUAUUAUUAUUUUAUAAGACUAUGAUAUUGUUAAGUAAAUACAUCAAAAAUGUGAUUCACUCUAUUUCUACGGUCAUAAGACCUAAUUUAGCACUAGGUUUAUGUUGAAAUGUGACAAUUUUUUUUUAUUAAACCUAAGUUUCUAAACAUGAUACCUUCACUGACAUUUUAUAAAACAUACCCAAUUUUACAUUUCUUUAUUCUUCCUAAAGAUGUGGUUGAAAAAGCAACUAUCACAUUCCCUAAUUUAAUUUUUGAUAUGUAAAGUACAGGUAUCAGUGAAGAUUUUCAUCAGUUUAUAGGUUCAGUGAUAGCAAAUAUUUCGUUGCUUAUCGCCACAUUAGUUUUACGAUUUAUGCCUGAUCAAUUUUUAUGUAAAUGCAAAACUUCCUUUUAUUCUCAAAAGGCAGAAACUGUUAGCGUAAUCAUUUUCUAUUAUUUUUAGAAGCAUUUACAUAAAUUCCUCGAGUGUUUGUUAAAAAAAAACAUAUUGUACCUCUAUUUUAGAUUCGUUAUUUUACAGAAUCGACAUAUUUAGUGCAAUCUGAUGUACUCUAAAUCAUUUUCUUAAUUAUUUGCACAAGGUUUGUGUUGAAAAUUGUUAAAUAAAAAUACAUAUUCGAAUUCAUCAUCCUAUGCUACAUAUUAGGAAUUUUUAUAGUAUGGGAGGCAGACAGCUUUGCAACUUAAAAAAAUAAUUUCAUAAACUGAUUUUUAUAGUAGUUUAAAUGAUUCUUUUCGAGUAUUCAUUUAAGUGCCAGCUGCACCUGUAGUGUACGAUAUACAAAAAGAUGUUGAAAUAGUUCUGAUUUUGCUCCACCAAUUUUCUGUUUAACAGUAAAAACACGUUUUUAAAUUAAUUUCGAAUGUUUUCAUAAAAACCGGGCCUGGCCUAUCUCCAUUUUCCUUGUUUUCAAAUCCACCAUUGUCAAUGCAGCUGACUCUUAUAUUCAAUCAUUUCAUGCCAAAAUUAUAUUUGUAAUUGCAACUUUUCCUCCUAGACUAUUAGUCUUCACUUUGGUUUUAAGAUUGACAUAUUUGUAUUGUUUUAAAAAUAUUUUACUUGCCAUUCUAAGCAGUGUUUAAUUUUAACACCUACAACAAUUUGAAAAAUGUUGACAUAAAAAAGGUAUGUUUUAUGUGGAAGAAAUAAUUUUGAAGCAUGUAUUAGAAUAUUUAUUACAAAACAACUUGUCAUUUGUAACUAGAUCAUAGUGAAAAUGGUUACUAUUCGAAUUGAGAAAGUCCUCCUUUUUUGAAGUCUGUUAAUAAAAGAGCCAUUAUUUAAUUCGAGUCUGUAAAUUAGAUGAUUUUCAACACAUACCUAUAACAUUAAUUUAAAUCAACGAAUUUAUUUAUGCCAUAUCUACAAAAACUCUUUAAUAUUACUUGAACUUAGUUCCUUUGAAUAUAUUUUAUGCAACUUGGUGUUAUUUUUUUAUAUUUAAUUUUAGUAUCUUCAAAUUAUUCAAUAGCAACACUAUACAGGGUGGUUUUUUUGUGAAGUGACAGUUCAAAAUUAUUUUAUAUCCAAAUAUUUAAAUACUCCAAUGCAAAUUUAAUUUCUAUGGAUUUAUUAAUCAUAUAGGAAUUACAUUUAACAUAAAAAUAUCACCCUGUGUGCUUUUAUAGUUUGUAUUAAUUAGUAAUAUGCAAUCAAUUCGAGUAAAUGAAUGAAUAAAAUUUUAAAACUUGUUAAUGCUCGAAAGAAUGAACCAUAUACUUUUCUUGAAAAUAUAUAUUAUGAUGCUUAAGAAGUUAGAUUGCUUAAACAAUAAGUGUAAGUAUAUAAAUAUGAAUUUACUCAAUUUGAUUGCAAGAACUAUUGUGUGAAAUUUCUGAUAUUGUUAAUAAAAAUUAUACAAGACCAUAUUAUUUUUAUUUUGCCAACCCCACUGUGAUAUUUCAUAAAAAAAAUACCAAACUACCAAACAUGAACAGUUUAAUAAGAAAAUAAUUAUAAAUUUCAAAAAUCAAUUGCAGUACAUAUUAUUUCCUGCAAAAUUAUUUAGUAGUGACAAACUUAGACUCAAAUUCGUAAAUGCCAACAGACUGUUUGCUCUUUUCGUCAUAUUCUACCCAUUCUUUUUCGCUUAAAUUAAUAUUUUCAAACAAUUUCCCACUUUCUUCAACUUUAGCUAUCCAACCAUCUCCAGGAGUGAAUUGAGUAGGUUCGAUUCCUCUACAAUCAAAAGUAACUAUAGUUUUAUAUUUUCCGGCAUCUUCAUUA